AUGGAUGAGAAGCAGCAGCUCAUCGGGUCGCUCCCGGUUGUAAAUGAUCUUUCCGAACAGCGUGCACAAGCAAAGAAGAACUCUCGCUGGAGCACCAUCAAACUUGUCACAGCAUGUGCAGCUCUAGUUGCGCUCCUUCACUGGGCCUUUGUUCUUCCUCAGCUGCCUCUGAAGCAUCACGGAAAGCAUGGCAAGCAUCAUCACCACCAGAAAUCACAAUGUCCUCAGGUCGAGCCUCUUGUACCCAGCCAGCAGAGUGACGAGCUGGUCAACAUGGAUGCCUACCUCAAGUCACCUGCUUUCCAGAACUCAUCCAUCCAGCGUCUUUCUGGUGCUGUCCAGAUCGACACUCAAUCAUUCGAUGAUCUGGGCAAGGUCGGCGAAGACAAGAGAUGGGAGGUCUUCUUCCCUUUCCACGAGUACCUCGAGAAAACCUUCCCCCUUGUCUACGAGCAUCUCAAGGUCGAGAAGGUCAACACUCAUGGACUUGUGUACACCUGGCAAGGUUCAGAUGCCAAGCUAAAGCCUACUCUGCUCAUGGCUCACCAAGACACCGUCCCCGUUCCCGAUGCCACUCUCGAUGCUUGGACCCACCCUCCAUGGUCUGGUUUCUUCGACGGCAAGAACAUCUGGGGUCGCGGCUCAUCUGACUGCAAGAACCAGCUUAUUGCCAUCCUUGAGUCCAUCGAACUGCUGCUUGAUGCUGGCUUCACCCCUGCUAGAACCGUGCUUCUUUCUUUCGGUUUCGAUGAGGAGAUCAGUGGCGGUCAGGGUGCCGGCAAGCUCGCUCCUUUCAUCCUCGAACGCUACGGUCCCGACUCUCUUGCUGUCAUUGUAGAUGAGGGUGCUGGUAUCGAUGAUGUCUGGGGUGUCACCAUGGCCACUCCUGGUGUCGCUGAGAAGGGCUACACUGAUGUUGUUAUCACUAUCCGUAUGCCUGGCGGUCACUCCUCAAUUCCUCCAGACCACACUGCUAUUGGUGUCAUGAGUGAGCUUAUCACUCUGAUCGAGGCAGACAAGUACCCUCUUCGUCUCGAUGCAAAGAACCCCUACCUCGGCCAGCUGCACUGUGGAGCCGAGCAUGCUCCUGAGUUCCCCAAGAAGCUCGCCAAGGCACUCGACAAGGCUUCAAGUCAAUGCAAGGCAAAGCCUGACCUUCUCGCAAUCGAGGCUGCCAAGGCAGGUCCUGCCAUUCAAUACUUGAUGCAGACCUCGAUCGCCGCCGAUGUUAUCGGUGGUGGUGUCAAGGUCAACGCUCUCCCUGAACGUGUUCAAGCUAUCAUCAACCACCGGAUCAACGUCGGAGAGCACCCCGCGGAUGCCCACAACAAGAUUACUAGCCUUGCCAAGGACGUUGCAAAGAAGUACGGUCUUGCUCUUCACGCUUUCGACAACACUACCGAGACACCUUCGUCUAUCUCGCUCACUGCAUUCGAACGUGUCCUCGAGCCUGCUCCUGUCACCCCCACAUCGGUCGACGGGGAGACCGCUUACAGCGUCCUCUCGGGUACCAUCCGUGCCCUGUACGGCAGCCACGUCAUAACCGCACCUGGUAUCAUGACUGGCAACACUGACACCAAGUAUUACUGGGAUCUGUCGCGCAACAUCUUCCGUUUUGCUCCCGGUUACGAUGGCGAGUCAAGCGGCCUGGGCAACAUUCACACUGUUGACGAGAGAGUCUCCAUCAAGAACCACGUCAACACCGUCUCAUGGUUCUCUCUGUUUAUCCGCAACAUGGACGAGGCCGAGCUUCAGUAA